UCGACAGCACGAUUGGCGGGGCGUUUGGACCAUAGCUGCAUUGUCACCAGCGAUGAGCGCCGCGGGAGCCAUAGCGGCUGCUUCCGUGGGACGCCUGCGCACUGGUGUCCGGAGGCCCUUCUCAGCAUAUGGAAGAGGCCUCAUCAUCAGGUGUCACAGUUCGGGGAUGACCUUAGACAAUAUUAACUGGGCAGCCGUGGAUCGAAUAAUUCGGGUGGAUCACGCUGGUGAAUAUGGAGCAAACCGCAUCUAUGCAGGGCAAAUGGCCGUGCUUGGUCGGACCGGUGUUGGCCCUGUCAUUCAGAAAAUGUGGGAUCAAGAGAAGAACCAUUUGAAAAAGUUCAACGAGUUGAUGAUUGCAUUCAGGGUCCGACCUACAGUUCUGAUGCCCUUGUGGAACGUAGCAGGCUUUGCCCUGGGGGCAGGAACUGCCUUGCUGGGGAAGGAAGGAGCGAUGGCCUGCACUGUGGCGGUAGAAGAGUCUAUCGCUAAUCACUACAACAACCAGAUCCGCCUGCUGAUGGAAGAGGACCCUGAGAAGUACGAGGAGCUGCUGCAGGUCAUCAAGCAGUUUCGAGAUGAGGAGCUUGAACACCACGACACAGGCCUGGACCAUGACGCGGAGCUGGCUCCUGCAUAUGCCUUGUUGAAGAGGAUUAUCCAGGCCGGAUGCAGUGCAGCCAUAUAUUUAUCAGAAAGGUUUUAAAAGAACCCCCGGUUCAGUUCCUGCACCCACACUGGGAGGCUCAGAACCAUCCAUUCCUCCAGCUCCAGGGGGUCGAAUGUCCUCACACCUAGGACCAAAGCAUACAUACAUAAAUAAAGAUGAAAGUAAAGAAAAAAAAAAAAACAACAAAAGUGAUUUCAACUUUGUGACCAAGUAAUAGUAAGCCGUUAAGCGUGAGAAGAAAGGGUAAAGACGGCUGUAGCUUCCUCCGCGUGGACUGCCAUCAGACACCUCUAGCCGGGCUCAGGUUGCUGCUGUGUCUCUCCUGUGAAAGAUCAGCUGUCCUAGCACACAGUAGGUGCCCAUUCAAAGGAAGGGAAGUGGGUGGCAUGCUACGUGUUCCAGGUGGUGAACUAUGAAGACAGCAGCCCUGAAGACCGCUCUGAAGGCUCCCCUGGCUCGACCUUUCCACCCGAUCUCUUAACACCUGAAGCUCCAGGCGCACCCUCACUCUCCUGCUUACCCUCAGGCCAUGGCUGUUUGGCUGAGGGCAUUUGUCUUGGCCUGCUAUUUUCUAGCUGCCUAUCCAAUGCCUCCAUUUGGACGUCGAAGCGUUUUCACCAAAUGCCACAAGUUGAACCCCUUGCCUCCCUGACUCUCCAAGUCUGGUUCCACAGUGGCCUCCCUGAUAGCUCUUGUCACCUCCCUCUAGCUGUCGAGGAUGUGGUAUCAAUACAUGAAAACCCGUCUACCACCUUCCGUGUUCCAUCUGGGCCCAACCAGACACUUCCCUCUCUUGACCGACUGAAUCCAGAAGCUUCCUUCAUAGUCUUGUCCUCCCACACUCCGUCUUCACGCUGGCAGCAGGAAGCCAGCUUGGCUCACUCCCACGGCUCUUUUUGCAAAGCCCUCAUGGUGGUGAAAAGGAUUCCAGAUGGCCUGACCUGGGCAUAUCCCUGCCUCACUCUGCUCCAGCCACUGGCCUCCUUGCGCUCCUCACAAAUGCCACACCCAGGCCUGUCUGAUGUUCUUCACAGUGGCUGUGUUGGCUUAGAAUACUUUCUGAGACAGUGACCACACAAUCCCUCACCACCCCCUCUCAAGUUCAAACUCCAGCAUCACCCUUGAAGAAGCCCACUGUAGCUGCCCAGUGUCUGUCUCUGUGACUAAAAUCUCUGGAAGAAAAAUGGAAGAAGUAAAGAUUCAGGGGUUGUUUUCAGUUCAUGGUUACUCAGGUCAUGCACUGUGGUGGAGAAAGGACGUUUCUCCAUGGUGAACAGGAAGCCGAGAGGGAAACAGGAAGGGGGCACUGGGGAUAUAGCCCAAGGACACGCCCCCAGCAAGCUACUUCUUACAUCGAGGCCCCGCCUCCUACUUUUUCACAUCCUCAGUAUUGUCAUGUCUCGACUCCAUUAGAGGAUUAACCCUCCUGACCUGAUGGUCCUGACAUGCUCUUAUAGACACUUCAAGAGACAGCUUCACUAACUGGGGCUUAUCUAAUUAAGUUCAGGAAAUUAAGCCCAAUGGCCCCGCCCCCCGCCUGGCCCUGGGUGACCUUUAUGAGUAUUUCGAUCUGAGAGAUCUAGAUCUUUGAGUCUCCCACAGUAGGUGCUCAGUGAACAGCAGGUGGGACUGAAUGAAGAACUAACUCUUGUAGUAGUAAAGUUUGCUUUCAAAUAACUGCUCACUGGAGACUCAUUGUGUGUCUCUUAGCAGAAAUUCAGUGGGGACUCAUAUCACCAAGGACCAACAGAGGCCGUUUGCCUGUGGUUUUGCUAAUGGCUUUAAUUGGGUUUCCAUCUUAUGAAAAGAGUGAGUUUGAAGUCAGGUGCAGUGGUGUACACAUUUAGUCAGUCCCAACACUCAGGAGGCAGAGGUAAAUGGAUCUCUGUGGGUUUGAGGCUAACCUGGUCUACACGGUGAGUGGCAGCCAGCCAAGGGCUACACAGUGAGACUUUCUCAAAACCUAGAAGAGUUUGACCCUUACAGCAUAUAUAAAAGUUAAUUUAAAAUACACUACAAAUCUACAUGUAUCUUUGUUUGCUUUCUGUCGUUGCAAUAAAACACCAUAACCUAAAGCAAGCCUAUGAUACCUAUCACAAAUCAAGUAAUGAAACCUGUUACUAGACUCUGUCAAAACUAAAACCCUGGGCUGGAGAGAUGGCUCAGCGGUUAAGAGCACUGACUGCUCU